AACUUGUGCUUUUAGUAUAUGUUUAAUGCAAUCGGUGGCGUUAGCAGAGAAAACGUAAAACUACUGCAUUGUUUAUUUUCCUUUGGGGGAUGGAGGACGUGGGGGAAAAGAAAUAUAUAUAUAUAUAUAUAUAUAUAUAUAUCUCUCUAUUGACUGUCAUCUGACUAGCUCUUUUCUUCGGGCAAACCUUGAACUCGUGAUUAUUGCUGUGCACACAAGUUGCAAUGGCUUAUCAUUACUGGAAUGAAUGACAUGUAUUCAGAUCGCGUGAAAUCCUGUUCAGAGAUAAUAAAGAACCCCGCCAUAUUUAGUGGGAACUAACAUGUAUUAUUGUGCUGAAUUUGCAAUUCAAUUUAUUCAUUUGAAUUGGAAUUCGGUAUGAAACCCGAAAUCCCCUCAAUAAUUUGGAAAAUGAUUUCAGAGACAAACAGCUUUGCAUGUGGAAGGAGUGCUUUUCGAUUUUGGUAAAUACAUGCGAGGUUUUGACGAGAAGCGCAAUGAUUAUGACCUCUAUUAUAGUAAGCUUGUUGAAUGUGGAUAUAGAUUGUCCCACUACUAAUGUACAGUGAUAGGAAUCUAAAGAGCUGAGAUAGAACUGAUGUGUGAUUUAGGUAGUUUCAUGUUGUUGGGGCUAAAGUCUAACUCUACAACACGAGACUGUCUGAAUUACUGCAGUUAUCAUCAUCGCCAGUGAGUUCUUGUGCUGGUUUGGAAAGAAACCACAGAUACUCAAAUAAUUCCGAAAAAGUAAAAGCUUUUGGUUUGACACAGCUAGCCACAAAGUGGCACGUUCUACAAUCGGAUUAAGAAUGUGUAAUACAAAGACGUGGUAGUUAGUUCUUCUGCAAGUCCCCCCUCCCUCCCGAAAUUAAUCGAACUGUGUAUUUUUUUCAAAGAACAGAAGAGAAUCUUCUACAUUUGCAAACUAACCGUGGAUUGUGCUUUCCGAACGAUGUGGCGAACUGGCAUGUCCUAAAUACAAUCAUUUACCUUAGAUUUUCUGUUAGAUUUUUUUUCUAAUAAGGAUCAAGUUCAUGUUUAAAUUAAAUAUGAUCCAUUUCGAUUUCCCUUCAAUAUAUAUGCGCUGUGGAGCCAUUAGUUGAAAGGAUCGGUGUUAAUCUGUUGCAUUAUACUGUAAAUUGCUGCAGUUACAUACGUACGGCGGUAUAAUUGAUGCAUUGCAGAUUUCGAUUUUGUUAGUGAUAAAUAUUCCAUAGUUAUAUUAACAUCGCUUAAAAAGUCACAUAAUUGUUUUUGUACAUUUUUACAUGGCUCAUCUGCAAUUCGAGGUGAAAAUCGGAAUUAAAAGGAACCUUGCAAAAUGAUUUAGGGUACGCAUUUAAACCUAUGUAUUCUACCAUGUGCAAGACAAAGAAAUUACUUGAAAGGCACAAGGCCUCGGUUAUGAUCAUUACAUGGCGCCUGGGCGCGUAAUUUUGUUUUGUUCUUGGAAACAGCGACCUCGGCGGAGCGUAGUGGAAACGCUGCUUGGUCGGUGUCUCAUGCUCUGCAGAAACUAGACUAAACACAGAAAGCAGACUUGCCCCAUUAUAUUGGGCUCUCUAGACGAGACAAACAGAAGCUUUAAUCGAAGCAAAGCAAGUAAACAUGCACAAUGGCACUUUAUAUUGUUGGUCAAGUUAGUUGAACAACCAUUGGAAUUAAACUAUUUAAAAUUGAUGCUUCAGUGCCAUUAUGCAGAAUAAGGAUCAUGUCUAGAUUGAUUCUUGUCCUAAUUUAUGAAUUCAGAAUUAAAUGCAUUGCAUAUAACAAUCACAUAUGAUAUCGUUCCAUGGUAAAGGCAAGCCGAACAAAUUAACCGACAGAAUGCGAAAUACUUGCACAUUGUACAAAGGAAACGUAUUAACCUACAAUUUUCCAGAAUUUCGUGUAAGCGAUUUAAAAUGAGCAUUUCAAGCAACAUAUUGAUACAUUAUUCAAAUAAUAUGUCUAAAAAUUCAUCUGUGAUGUUAAAUUAUAUCACGCGGCAUGUUAUAGAUGGAAGUGUUACGCAAAGCAGAAAUAUUUAUCUUGAUUUUUUUUUUCAGUUAAAUAUAAAUGAACAUGUUCCGAAAAAUGUGCGUUGUUAUACCAUUGCAGGUUCAUAUUCUCCCGAAGCCACUGUACCACCUUAAAAUAUCGUCGGCAAGGUUUAUUGACCCACGGAGGAAGUCAAGUUUGUACUGGUCAAAACAUCCCUUCUGGUUACAGCCAGGCCCUGUUUAAAACGCUGUACAACCCAGCCCUUCGAUUCAACGCAUUCGCUUUUAUUUGCCUAGUUUUAUAGACCAAAUACGUUGCCAAGUAAUUGGAGAUGUUUCUUUAACUAUUGCGCAUCGGAAUAAAUACGAAUAUUGUUUAUAUAAGCAACAUUAUUAAUGCACACUCCCCCCUCAUAUAACUUAUUUGACAAAUUUAACAGGACAAAUAAUGUUUUGUUUGAAAAUCAUUCUGGUUGCACCUUAAAUGUUAUUAUUUGCGCGUUGCUUGCUAUCAUCACCAAGGUUCAUAUAUUUAUAAUCUUAUAUAAAGGGAUUCGCUACAGUUUUGUAGUUCUCUUCAAUUGAAUGUUCACUUACAUUAAAGACAAAGACCAAUGCACGCUGCCCAACUCUAUAGUUUUAAGUUGAACAUUUAAUUUUGGAUUGCUGCGAAUGGCCUAAAAAUGGUCUAAUUAUUCGUAAAAACGCAACAGCCCAAUAUCACGUUUGGAUUCCCAGACUAUAGGGCGUCGUGAAUGUUUAGUGGCAAAGCGAUCUGACCAAUUUUGAUGAUUCUUAUUUGCAGACAUUCCAGGAUUUGAUUUCCCCCUUUCUGUUAUUUUUAUUUAUCAGGUGAAUCUUUGUCAAAUUAUUUUGCUUACGGCAAAUUAGAGGCGAAAGCGAUUAAAGAUCUCUGUCCUCCUCACACACUGUGUCUCCACAAAUUGAGCAUUGCAAUUUCACACAGAUGUUAUCUGAACGGAAAUAAAGGCGUCAGCGUUAUUUUAAAUGAUAGGACCGAAAAGCCAAAAGAAACGCCACAUUUCUGACUGUGUCAUCCUUGAAAAUUUUAUCAGUCAGCUAUAUCAUAGUUUUGCCAAAUGCUUCUGGUUACAAGGUGUAUUCAAUGAAUAUCUUAUUUAUCCGGGUAAUUCCACAAACCUUUUUUUUAAAUAAAACAGGAAAUCAAUGAUACAACACUUUUGACAGACCUUUCAUUGGUAUAAUUUUGCACGAAUUAAUAAAGAUUGUUCUAUUUAUUUGCAACAACCGUAAUUACUAAGUAAAAGCAAAUCAGACGAACUCUGCACUGCACGAAAAGAGCAAUGUUGCUUUAUUCCUGAUCCCAUCCCCUUGUUGUAUAAUGUGAUAUGAUGGAUCCCUCUACCAAAUAUAUCUUAAACUUGAAAUAGGUGCAUCACUGCAUUCCUCUAUAAUGCGGAUGAUAUGUAUCGAUGCUGCAUAAUAACAAUUGAUUGAGGAAUUAUAGCGAAUCUCAUCCAAGAACGAGAUUAUUUUCUUUCUUUCUGCUGCUUUGAAAUACCCUUGCUUGAGAGCUGUAACUUGCAAGUAACAGAUAUUCUUCCCGUUUUGAACGCCCAAACAAAAGUCGAAACUGAAAAUCUCACCCGGACAAACUAUAUAAAAAUAUUAUGAUUUUUAUGUGGUUGUGGGGGUAGGGAAUGGAUUGGAUAUGAGAGGAAUUAAGUAAUCACUAUACCUUUUCUAACGAAUUCAAGUAUAUAGUUUGAAAUCAAGCAUCUCAUACAAACAAUAAAUCUUUAGUAUCACAGCUAGACGCGGCGCAUUCCAACUUUGUUUUAAUGGCUAGUCGUUUUUAUAAAUCUCCUUCAAAUAAAAACCUUAAUUUUAAUGAGAUGAACAGCUCUUUUUAGCAAAGUGCAGAGUCAGGGCUUCGUGGCUUCAUUAUAUAUAGAUAUAUAUAUAUAUAUAUCUAUAUAUAAAAUCAAAAUUUCAAUCCCAAUUUCAGGCCAUCUGCACAGGAAACGCAAAGCGUCUUUUUUUUCUCCCUAAGGUUCAACACUGGACUUGAAUGGUUCUUGAUUCUGCUCUGGACCUCAUCACUCCACCGGUUUCAUUGUAACAGUCCGCUGCUCAGAUUCUCGUGUCGGCACGCCAGCGACGGCUGAAUCUCCCCGACACCCCCCGCCAACAUUCACAAGAACUCACACUUUAGUCUCCCCCCCCCCCCCACCACCCACCAUAACCACCCACCACAACCCUCUUUUCCGACCAAAUCGCCCAAACUGGUGAAAAAAUAUAAGAAGAAUGAACAAAAAUAUUUUGUUUUAGAUUUAAAAAAAACAAGUAGCAAGAAAAGGACGUUGCAUUUCAGUUAUUUGCACCUUAAGGUUUGUACAAUCAGCGGGUAGUUGUUGUGUCGAGGGCAGUUGUGUUGAGGAGGGUGUAUUUUAGAGCAAGCUAUUCACCACAGCGGCGGGAGCACGAUGGUUUAAAGUCUAUUCUGAUAAUUGCCUUUGUUUCAUCACUAUUUCUGAGCAAUCGGAUAUAACGCAACAGUUCAAGUGCUUCACGUUAAUUGCGAGGAAAGACGUUGAAUUUCUACGCUGUUUAUACUGUCGAGGUUUUUUCCUGCUUCGUUUUAUGCAGCAGAAAGAAAGCAUUCCACAUAUAGUUGGUCAAAUCGCCAAACUAAGAGAAAAUUAGAAUUGGACCUAUAAGGCUCAGAUAGGAACCGGCAGCUUUAGCUGGGAAAUCUAAAUAUUUGGCCUGAAAAAUCCAAGGAUAUUUUAAAUAAAACAAAACUGAAAUAAUUGUUAUUAAUUCUUUUACAGGUUUGGAAAUGCUGCUUACAUAUAAAUAUAUUUUUAAAUUGUGUCCAAAUGAAACAGUGAAACGUUACCAUAGUACUCUGCGAAAUACUGCGCCAUGAAGCUAUAAAAACAAAUGCAUUGGCAUCUGAUUAUUUGAUACACAAUAAAAUAUUUCAUAUGAGAUUAGCGAUGAUAAGUUAUUCUACGCGAAAAUUAUUAUAGAGAUAACGGGUAUCACUUUACAAAAUGUAUUUGAAGUUAUUUCAACGAUUUUAUAUUAAAUACAUUACAAGUUUAUUUACUUAAAAAGUGGACCAGGCCAUGAUGUCGUCCUUCGGAAGUAUCGUUUAUGUUAUUUUUGCUCUUUUAAAGUGAAAUAGUCCACCGUUUUAAACAUGCACAUUCACACAUAUAUCAUAUAUCCGUAGAAUAUGCGCCUGUAUGUGUGUGUCUGUGUAUGUGUGUUAGGGAAAGUGGAGAGAGAGAGAGAGAGAGAGAGAGAAGACUAGGCCUAUUUAGGUAUUAAAGCACAGUGCUUCGUUGUAAUAUUUAAUAUGCCGCGAAGACAUAACAUGUGAUAAAUGCAACCAUUAAUACGGAUGCUGGCGAAAUCCACAGAAAUGCCCACACGUUUUAAAUCUAUGAUAUGUCUAACGGUUUGCUUUUAUUUACCAUUGAAAGGAAUAUGUGUUAACCGUAUAAGCGAUGAGAUUUCCAAAUACCGUCAGUGAGGGAAAGCUUUGCAAUUUCCUCCCCACAUAAUUCGCCAGUGAAUGCAUGAAGGACAACGUCCACGAAUCCGAAAAGAAAGAUGUGGCAACUAUUGGAUUUCCGAACAAAUUAAUAUCAUCCGUGAAUCUGCAUCUGUCAACCAAAAUAGCACGCUGAAUGCGGAAGUUGUAAUUAAUUAUGGUUUAUUGUAGAGGCGCUUGCUGUGUCAUUGCCGAGAAUGUCGACAUCGGGGACUAUCAGCAAUUAUUAUGUCGACUCUCUCAUAAUGCAUGAGAACGAUGAUCUGCUGGCGUCCAGAUAUGCGUCGGGUCCACUGGCUCAGGCUUCCAGGCAGGCAGCCCUUACUGAACACCCCGAUUUUUCCCCCUGUAACUUCCAGUCUAAAGCGACUGUGUUCAGCACGUCCUGGAACCCGGUGCAUGCUCAGACCUCUGCCAACAUGCCCACUGUUUAUCACCCAUACAUGCACCAGGCACCUAUUACCGCUACGCCUGAUGGUAGGUACAUGCGCUCCUGGCUAGAACCCAUGCCGGGGACCUUGUCCUUUCCCGGGUUACCUUCCAGUAGACACUACGGCAUCAAACCUGAGCCUGCAGUUGCCCGCAGAAAUGACUGCACUACGUUUGAUACACACACGUUAGCCCUCUCAGAAUAUUCUUGUGGACCAUCUCCUGGUGAUAAACGUCUGGCCGAGAUUUCCUUUUCUGAAAAUAAUGGAGAGGUUGAAUCAAACGCAGAUAAGCUGCACAUGGAUCCAAAUAACCCUUCCGCGAACUGGCUGCAUGCAAGAUCUACCAGAAAAAAACGCUGCCCUUACACCAAACAUCAGACAUUGGAGCUGGAAAAGGAAUUCUUGUUUAACAUGUACCUCACAAGAGACCGCAGAUACGAGGUCGCCCGGGUUCUCAAUCUCACCGAACGGCAAGUUAAAAUCUGGUUUCAGAAUAGAAGAAUGAAGAUGAAAAAAAUUAAUAAGGAACGACCUAAAGACGACCGGUGACAUGGAUUAAAAUAUCUUCGAAGAGAAAAAAAGGACUAUUUCACCAUUACUAUCGGAACGGGCCCUGGUUAGAAAGACAUUAUGAACAUUUUAUCAUACCAUUAGCACAAAUUAUUCCUUUGCCAGUUCUGGACUACACUUGGUGGGAAAGACUCACACACUUGUUAGAUGGGAACCAAAGAGGGAGACAUCUACGGCAAGGUUAAGUCUGUGGCUACGGAAUCUACCUUUACAUGAAAACUACCUUCUCUUAAUCCACCGCUAUUCUAUGCGGACAGUAAUUCAGUAAUACUGUAUUCGUUUAAUAUUUACUUGUUUUACAUGCAGCAAACGAGGCUGCCUAUAUACUUGAAUCCAUGUGUCUGUUGUGAUUAUCUCUGUGACUGGGCCUCUGUGCUUAGGCGGUGUCUGAGUAAAGAUCGUGUAAACAAACAAAAGAAAAAUCUCAAUUCAACUCAGGAUGUUUAAUAUAAAACUAACAGGCUAUGUGUUGGAUAUGAAAUGUUAUUUUCGUGGUGAACUUGGGACAUAUAUUGUAUUAUUUUCACUGUGAAUUAACGUAAAAUCGCCAGGCUUUAUGCUGUCUUUGUGAGACUGAGUAACGGCCUUGCCUGGGUGCAUGACGUUUGUGUUGUUCUUCAGCAAAUAUAUGAAACUGAAUUGCAUAGAAUGCUAAUAUAAGUUUUAUUUAAAAGAGCGGCGCUGAACAUACUGCUACACGAUACUAUUGUCUAUUGUGAUGAAAGCACGAAUAAAGUUCUCAGACACUUUGUAUUUAUCGGUGUUGUGGUGCAAAGAAAAGUAUAAGAUUUGGUUUAAAAACUACCUAUAUGUAUAACUAGUAACUACCUAUGUUUUGUGUGUAAAUGUCACUCUUAAAACAGUCUAGAUGCAUUUAUGCUAUGGAAAAAAAACAAUAUUGUCAAUAAAUGUAAUGUGUACAAUACAAGGAAAAUAUCUGGGUGCAAUAGAAAGAACCGAUACCACUAAUGUGUUUUAAAUAGGGUUUCGGUAAACCUGCGGAGCUAACACGUUUAAACUUGUGUACACGUUUGAAAUGAAUACCUCGUGUCAUAUUGACCAAACUAUACUGUUUGUAAUGAAAUGUCAUUUUAUUUGUUGUCUAAUAAAAUAUAUGUUUCACUACAUAAAACA